AUGAAUUCUUUAGCAUUGUGUUCCCUUUGCCUGUUUCUCAUUGCUCAGUCUCCUUGGUUAACAAAUGCUACAGUGUUUGGUGAUGGUUCCGACCUAAUUGGCCAGAUUUGCAAUGAAAACCCAGAGAAGAAGAUUGAAUGCACGAAUAUUCUAAGAGCAGAUCCUACAGUCCUGGGUGCAAAAAAUCUUCUUCAACUUUCGGAGGCAAUCUUGAACUUGGCCGUGAAUAAGACAGAAAAAGCUGAAGAUUUUCUAAAGGGAUUGGCGAACACAACAGAUGUUCCGGCCAUUGCAAAUUGUGCACUUUAUUAUGAAAAUGCGGUUGAACGCUUUAUGAGUUCUUUGCAAGUGUUGAAACACCAAGAUCUUGAAGUGGCUAACUAUUUGGCCGCCAUUGCUGGUGAUGAACCAUCGUCAUGUGAGACAGAAUUGAGUGCUGCACAUAUUGUUAACCAUGCAAUUUCUGCUGUUAACCACCAAACAAGUUUGCUUAGCUAUAUUGCAUUCGUAGCCACAGGGAAACUUCUAACAGUCGUUGCACCUUUAAUCUAA